AUGGCACAACUUGAUGACACUAGAUCUCUUACCCUGGACACCCCCAGAAAUUUUAAACCCUUUACUUUGAGUUCAUUGGACCAUAUCGUCCCUUCAGUCUAUCUCUUCUUUUACAUUACUUUCAAGCUCGACUCGCCCUCAGAUGGCAUCCCCGUUCUCCGAAAUGGCAUCUCGCGCCUAUUAGACGCGCUUCCCUUCCUAAGUGGAAACAUAGUGAUGAUAGAAGAACUUGACGGCAAGCAGAACUUGAUGCAAGUCACACCGGCAGAGGCGUCAGCAUUACACCGGUCACCCAUGCUUAAGGUCAUUCAUCAUGGCGCUAAAACCACCGCCGUGGAGUGCGAUGAUGUGCAACAUGCUGAUUUCGUCCCAAUUCCUCUCCAUCUGCACACCACCGAUCCAAGCCCCGUAUUGCGAUUCCAGGCCAAUGUGUGA